AUGGACUUGUUCCGGCAAGUCAGUAAGCAGCAGCAGUACAAAGCUAGCUACUGGUACAGUAACACUACAGUAACUGAAUGUUACUGUAGCAGCGCUGCACUAGUAGCAGCAGGCAGCGAGCAACAAGCUACUGGCGGCAGCGCCCGCAGGCAGAAGCAGCGCAUCAGCGAGCGAGCGCGUCCGGUGUCCGCGGACGGCGGCAAGCGGCAGCUGGCGCAGGCGGGCUCGCGGCCGGGGGGCGCGCUGGGCGUCAGGGGCGUGUCGGCGCAGCCGGCGCGGGGCUGGGCAGCAGCGGGCGCAGUGCAUGGCACAGGCGUGGGCGGCGGCCGGGGCGAGGCCAGGGCGAGGCAGCACGGGACGGGGCCGGGUUUGCCGGCGUGCGUCUGGGCAGCAGCGGCAAGGGGCGGCGCCGGCGCGGAGGAGCUCGGGUCUACGGGCGUGGGCGCGGGGCCGUUCGGGCAAGUCAGUAAGCAGCAGCAGUACAAAGCUAGCUACUGCUACAGUAACACUACAGUAACUGAAUGUUACUGUAGCAGUGCUGCACUAGUAGCAGCAGGCAGCGAGCAACGAGCUGCUGGCGGCUGCGGCCGCAGGCAGAAGCAGCGCAUUAGCGAGCAACGAGCUGCUGGCGGCAGCGGCCGCAGGCAGAAGCAGCGCAUCAGCGAGCGAGCGCGUCCGGCGUGCGCGGACGGCGGCAAGCGGCAGCAGGCGCAGGCGGGCUCGCGGCCAAGGGGCGCGCUGGGCGUCAGGGGCGUGUCGGCGCGGCCGGCGCGGGGCUGGGCCGCAGUGUGGGCGCAGUGCAUGGCGCAGGCGUGGGCGGCGGCCGGGGCGAGGCCAGGGUGA